GCCCAGAUAAUGCGCGCCUUGUAGGACGCGUCGCCGUGGUCUUGCUUUGUGUCGUCGGCGAGUCUGCUGGCUCCUGCUCCGCACUCCGUUCCGCGCUAUCAUCAGCUGCAAGAGAGCUGCGGCAAUCAUGGAGGCUAACGAGCAUCUGCUAUGGCACCAGCACAAGCACCGAAAUGCGGCUGAGGAGGCUGCCGCUGCUGCUGAGGCGACUGGCGCAGAGCCCGAGCUCGCGGCCGCGAGCGGCAGCGACCUCGCGGGCGCGGCGUUUGAGCUGCUGCUGUCGCAUCUCGCGUUGCUGCCGCCAGUCGAGGGAGCAGCAGCGGCGGCGGCGGCGGCGGCGGCCGUGCUGCCGCGGCCGCCUGCGGCAGCAGACGCGAGCUUGGUUGCCGAGCUGUCGACCCCGCCGUGGCCUGAUGACUCCACUACUGCUGCUGGCGGCGGAGGCCGGGCGUUGGAUGGCGGCUCGGGGGCCGCGGCGCUACCGCCAUUAGAUGCGGACAGCCCCGGCGGCGGCAGCGGCUGUGACGGUGCGGCAGCGGGUGCCGCGCCGGUGCCCUUGGUUGCCUUGCAGCAGCUGGGGCGUGGUGGUAGUGCGGGUGGCGGUGACAGUGGUGGUGGUGGUGGUGGUGGUGGUGGUGGUGGCUGCGACGGCCUACCUCCGCACCUGCAGCUGCGCCAGUUGGGGCAGCACACGGCGGGCGGCGGUGAUCUCGACGGCCCCGGGCCUGAGCCCGGCAGCAGCCCAGGCGCAGCCCAGGCCGCCUGUAAUGCUGCAGUGGAUCCUGCACCAGCGGCUGCAAUCGACGCGGAUUUUACUGUUUCUGCUACCAUGGCGGCAGAUGCGGCGGCUGCAGCUGUGGGCCUAGGGCCGGCGGCAGCGGCGGCUGCGGCUGCGACCGGCGGCGCGGCGGGCGAGCUGCGGCACCGCGCCACGUGUGCAGCGGCGCCAACAACAGCAGGAAGCGGAAUUACAGGGCCUCCGCCUUCAGCGGCAGCGGCAGGGGGAUCCCAGGAGGUGCCUGACGGAGGCGCGCCGCCAAGCAGCCCGCAGGCACAGAUCACGUGCGCCAGCUGCGGCGCACCUUACGUGCGCCGUCCUGGGGCGCCCUGCGGCUUCUUCGCGCGUGGCACCCGCGCCUACGCCUGCCACAGCUGCUGCCGACGCAACGUCGCGUCCCACGGCUUCUACGGCCCGCCCGGGACGCGGAGCCUGCAGGAAGCCGGCGGCCGCGAGUGCGCCGAGUGUGGCACUGUGGAAUCAACGCAGUGGUUUCCUCACCCCGUCCAUGACGGCGACUACUGCUGCUGCAGCUGUUGGUGGAAGCUGAGGCGUGGGGCGGCCAAACGGGCCCGAUGCGCCGGACAGCAGGACGAAGACGACAACAGCAUCAACCUGCACGCAGCUGCACACGGCGGCAACACCGCCUCGCCGGCCGCCGCUGCCGUUCCUGCCGCCCUUCCGGCCGCCCUCUCUGCCACGGCGACGGACAGAGCCGCAAGCGCCGCAGAUGCGCCGGUCCUGUUAAAUACCGGUAUGGAGCACACGCCUCGUGCCAGCGCAGACGCCAGUGGCAGUGCCGCUUUCCCGGCUUUGGCCGCAGGCGCGCUGGCUGCUGCCGCAGGUGCGGCGGCGGCGGCGGUGCCGCAACAGGCAGCGGAAGCAAGCGCGCAGGGGCAGGCGGCGGCCGCCGCGCCGCCAAGCAGCCCACAGGCACAGAUCCUGUGCGCCACAUGCGGCGCACCUUAUUUGCGCCGCCCGAGGACCCCGAGCGGCUUCUUUGCGCGUGGCACCCGCACCUUCACCUGUCACGGCUGCUGCCUACGCAACAUCACGUCCCACGGCUUCUACGGCCCGACCGGGACCCGGAGCAUGGAGGAGGCAGGGGGGCGGGAGUGCGCCGAGUGCGGCACGGAGAAAACGCAUCAGUGGUACCUUCACCCCACCUGUGACGGCGCGUACUUCUGCGAGACUUGCCGCUUAAGGCUGAUGAAUCGGGCAUGCAAGCGAGCUCGCUGCGCCCGGGAGCAGGAGAAGGAAGGCGACACCAACAGCCAGCGCACAGCUGCACACGGACACAACGCCGGCUCGCCUGCCGCCGUCGCCACCCUUCCUUCCGCCCUUCCUGUCGCGGCGACGGCGCCGAGAGCUCUGCCCGCGCACGCCACAGAUGUGGCUGUCCUGUCGAGUCCAGGCGCGGCGCCUGCCGCCUGUGAUGUUGCACCAGUUGCCGCUACAGAUGCUGCAACGGAUGCAGACUCCACAGGUGCUGGUACCGUGGCAACAGACGCGGCAGCAGCAGCAGCUGCGACAGCGGCGGCGGCUGCAGCUGUGGGCUUAGAGCCGGCGGCAGCGGCUGCUGCGGCUGCGGCCGGUGGAGCGGCGGGCGAGACGCGGCACCGCGCCGCGUGUGCAGCGGCGCCGCCGGCUCGCACUGCCGCCACACGCGCACGUGACCGGAUCGCCAAGCAGCUGCAGCAAACGCGGCCGUCAACAGCAUCGCGUGCAGCAGCGGCGCCAGCGCCAGCGCCAGCGCCUGCCGCGUCGGGUGCAGGACGUGCAGCAGCACCGCCACCAGCACCAGCAACACCACUAGCUCCAGCACCAAUGGGAUGCGCACUUGCAGGACCUGCGCCGUCAGCGGCAGCGGCAGCAGCAGCGGCAGCGGCAGUGGCAGGAGGAUUGCAGGAGGCGGCGGACGGAGGUGCAUCCCUCAGCCCGCAGGCACAGUUUAUGUGCGCCACAUGCGGCAACCGCUAUGUGCGUAAACCCGGCGCCGCCUGCGGCUUCUUUGCCCACGGUACCCGCACCUUCACCUGCGACAACUGCUGCAAACGCAACCUCGCGUCCCACGGCUUCUACGGCCCCCCCGGGACCCGGAGCCUGCAGGAGGCGGGCGGGCGGCAGUGCGCCGAGUGCGGCACGGAGACAACGCCCAAGUGGCGCCUACACCGCACCCGUGACGGCGCGUACUGCUGCAACGCGUGCGCCAAAAGGCUGAUGUAUCGGGCGGCCAAACGGGCCCGAUGCGCCCGGGAGCAGGAGGAGGAAGGCGACACCAACAGCCAGCGCGCAGUUGCGCACGGAGGCAACACCGGCUUGCCCGCCGCCGCCGCCACCCUUCCUGCCGACCUUCCUGUUGCGGCGACGGCGAAGAGAGCUCUGCCCGCGAACGCCAUAGAUGUCUUGUUGGGCCCAGGCGCGGUGCCCGCCACCUGUGAUGCUGCACCAGUUGCUGCUAUAGAUGCAGACUCCACACAUGCUGGUACCGUGGCGGCAGAAGCAGCAGCAGCUGCGGGGGCGGGGGCAGCUGCAGCUGUGGGCCUAGAGUCGGCGGCAGCGGCGGCUGCGGCUGUGGCUGCUGGAACGGCGGGCGAGACGCGGGACCGCGCCGCAUGUGCAGCGGCGUCGUCGGCUCGCACUGCCGCCACAUGCUCACGUGACCGGAUCGCCAAACAGCAGCUGCAACAAAUGCAAUCGACAGUGGCGGCGCCGGCGCCGAUGCCUGCCGCGUCGGGCGCAGGACGUGCAGCAGCACCCGCAACAGCAGGAGGCGCGACUGCAGGAUCUGCGUCUUCAGCUUCAGCAGCAGCGGCAACGGAAGGAGAGGAUUUCAGAGGCGCGGCGGACAGAGGUGCAUUCCACACUUCGCAGGCGCAAAUCACGUGCGCCACAUGCGGGGCACCUUAUUUGCGCCGCCCGGGGACCUCGAGCGGCUUCUUCGCCCGUGGCACCGGCGCCUUCACCUGCCACGGCUGCUGCCUACGCAACAUCGGGUCGCACGGCUUCUACGGCCCGCCCGGGACGCGGAGCAUGGAGGAGGCGGGCGGGCGGGAGUGCGCCGAGUGCGGCAUGGUGGGGCCAACGCGGUGGCGCAUUCACCCCACCCGUGACGGCGCGUACUGCUGUAGUGUGUGCGAGAAAAGGCUGAGGUCUUGGGCGGCCAAGCAAGCUCGCUGCGCCCAGGAACAGGAGGAGCAAGGUGACACCAACAGCCAGCGCGCAGCUGCGCAUGGAGGCAACACCGGCUCACCAGCCGCCGCCACCGCCCUUCCUGUCGCGGCGACGGCGAAGAGAGCUCUGCCUGCAAGAGCCGCAGAUGCGGCUGUGCCUCUGAGCCCAGGCGUGAUGCCUGCCGCCUGCGAUGCUGCACCAGCUGCUACACCAGCUAAUGCACCAGCUAUUGCACCAGCUGCUGAUCCCACAGGCGCUGGUACUAUGGGGACAGACACAGCAGCACCAGCAGCUGCGGCGGCGGCGGCUGCAGCUGUGGGCCUAGAGCCGGCGGCAGCUGCGGCUGCGGCUGUGGCUGCUGGAACGGCGGGCGAGACGCGGGACCGCGCCACGUGUGCAGCGGCGCCGCCGGCUCGCACUGCCGCCACAUGCGCACGUGACCGGAUCGCCAAGCAGCUGCAGCAAACGUGGCCGUCAACAGCAUCGCGUGCAGCAGCGACGCUGGCGCCGGCGCCUGCCGCGUCGGGCGCAGGACGUGCAGCGGCGCCGUCACCGGCAGCCGCAACAGCAGGAGGCGCGACUGCAGGACCUGCGCCUUCAGCUGCAGCAACAGCGGCAGUGGCAGGGGGAUUGCAGGAGGCGGCGGACGGAGGUGCAUCCCACAGCGUGCAGGCACAAUUCAUGUGCGACACAUGCGGCGCACCUUACGUGCGCCGCCCGAGGACCGCGAGCGGUUUCUUCGCGCGUGGCACCCGCACCUUCACCUGCGACAACUGCUGCAAACGCAACCUCGCGUCCCACGGCUUCUACGGCCCCCCCGGGACCCGGAGCCUGCAGGAGGCGGGCGGGCGGCAGUGCGCCGAGUGUGGCACGGAGAAAGCGCAACAGUGGCGCCUUCACCGCACCUAUGACGGCGCGUACGUGUGCAAUGCAUGCCGCGUAAGGCUGAUGAAUCAGGCGGCCAAGCGGCCUCGCUGCGCCCAGGAACAGGAGGAGGAAGGCGACACCAGCAGCCAGCGCACAGCUGCGCAUGGAGGCAACACCGGCUCGCCCGCCGCCGCCGCCACCCUUCCUGCCGCCCUUCCUGUCGCGGCGACGGCGAAGAGAGCUCUGCCUACAAGCAGCGCGGAUGCGCCUCCCCUGUCAAGCACCGGUAUGCAGCACACGCCGGGUACCGGCGCCAAUGCAGUUGGCAAAGCCCCUUUCUUGGCUGUGGCCGCAGGCGCGCUGGCUGCGGCCGCAGGUGCGGCGGUGCCGCAACAGGCUGCGGCGGCGGCUGCGGUGCCGCAACAGGCAGCGGCAGCAAGCGCGCAGGGGCAGGCGGUCGGCGCGCCGCCAAGCAGCCCACAGGCACAGAUCACGUGCGCCAGCUGCGGCGCACCUCAUGUGCGCCGUCCUGGGGUGCCCUGCGGUUUCUUCGAGCGCGGCACCCGCACCUUCACCUGUCACGGCUGCUCCUUGAAAAACUAUUACUGUCACGGCUUCUAUGGGCCCCCCGGGACUCGGAACCUACAGGAGGCGGGCGGCCGGGAGUGCGCGGACUGCGGCACAAAGCGAACGCCCAAGUGGCGCGCUCAUUUCUCUCGCGUGGGCGUCUACGCCUGCGCUGCUUGCUACAACAGGCUAUGCUCUUGGCGAGAGCAGUGCGACAACCAGCCGGCCGCUGCAAAAGGCAGGGAUGCGCGGGCUCAUGCUGAUGCUGCUGGUGCUGAAGCAGCAGCGGCGGCGGCUGAGCCCGCAGCGACCGCGGCAACGGCAACGGCUUUCCCGGAUCGUGCGCUGUACGAAGGCAACCCGACAGACCGCCGAGCAGCUGAGCGCGCGGCAGGUACCGGCAGGAGCCUGGGCAGGAGCCUGGGCAGGAGCGCCGGCGGCAGUCCGGGCGCCGCCACCGCUGCAGAUGCAGUGAGUGCGGGCUCGCGCGCGGUGCCGACGACGAGCAGCGGCGCUGCGCUGUGCGGUGCGCCGCGGCCGCGCACCGCAGCGCUGCAUGCGCGCGAGCGCAUCCAGAAGCAACAGGAGCCGCAGGCGCAGUUGCGCAGACCGCCGGCACAGCACGCCCUGCCCAUCCCUUCGACGGCGCAGGCUGCGGGCGCAGGUGCCACUGCCGAAGCAGGGCCGCAAGGGGGUGCGGUGUCGGCAGCUUCGCCCGCUGCUGCCGUUGCCAGCGUCACAGCCGCUGCUAUCGUUGCUCAUGCAUCUGGUGGCUGUGGUGGCUCUGGUGGGGCUGCAACGGUGGAGGCAGAGCCCGUGGCCAUGUGCGGCGCAUGCGAGGACCCGCUGCCAGUUGCGGCAGGUGCCAUCAACGGCGCUGCAACUGUCGCUGCUGCCGCUGCCGCUGCCUCUGCCUCUGCCGCUACAGCCAUUGGUGCUCCUGGCGGUGGUGCUGGCGGCACUGCCGGUGAGGUGGCGUCGAGCGGCAUGCAGCAUGAUGGAGAUGAUCUGGGCGGGCCGCAGGAGCACGACCGACACGCGGUGCAGGCGGCGCGCCGGUCGCCCGCCGCCGCCGCCGCCGCCGCCGCCACCGUGGCCGCUGCUACUGCAAUGAAUCCGCCGGACAGCGCUCCUGCUCCGGGCAGCGACAGUGCCGGCGGCGCCGCCGCCAUCGCUGGGGCGGACGGCGGCCGCAGCUGUCAUCUUGGCGGUGCUGGAGCCGCCAACCGCGGUGAGGGCGAGGCACUGCAGCAGCAGCAGCAGCAGCAGCUGGCGGCGCAGCGCCAAGGACAGGACUGGAAGGCGCCGCGCCUCGCACCCACUACGGCCACUCCUGCUGAUGCGGCUGCGGCGACUGCGCCGGCGGUAGCAGGCGGGCAGGAGCAGGCGGCUGGGGCUGGGGCUGGGUUUGCGGUUGAGGGGCACAUGGCGGAGACCGCGGCGCCAGAUUGCGGAUGUCUGUACUGUCUCGAGUCCCUGGACGCCGUGAGCGAUGCCGUCGCGGCGGCGGCGGCGGCUGAGACACCAGCCGCAGCGCCGUGGGCAGCAGACCUACUGGCGGCGGCACCGGCUUCGGAUCCAGUUGCCGCUGUUGCUGCUGCAGCCACCGCUACGGCUGCAGCCAUUGCACCGGCUCCAACCACCGCUCCUGCUCCUGCUCUUGCUUCAAUGCCAGCCACUGCUGCCGCUGCGGCUGCCGUGUCGGCGCUUCACACCACGCCGCUGAUCACGGGCACGCCGCCGCAGCAGCAGCAACAGCAACAGCAACAACAGCAACAACAGCAACAACAGCAACAACAGCAACAGCAGCAGCAACAGCAGCAGCAGGAGGAGCACCAGCUGGAAGUAGUGCCUCCAGCUGUACCGCCGACGACGGGGGCAUGCGGUUCAUCAGCCGGAAGCCGGGCGCCAGGCCACGGUCACGACACCACCGCCGGCGGCGGUAUGCUGCCGCCAGGGUCUCCGCCACCGCCGCAGUCGCACGGGCUGGUAGCAGGUUGCCCCAGCGCCGCGCAGACCGCAGGUCGGGUCCGGACCCGGGCGCAGGCGCAGGCGCAAGCUCCAGCCGCAGCGCUGGCGUCGGUGGCGGAGCGAGGGAAGCGGGUGACCGCGCCGGGAAAAGCCACAACACAGGCGCUGCCAGUUGAGCAUGCUGCAGGGGAGGAGCCUUUCGGCCCUGCCCUGAAGCGCCGCCGGCUGAGUGGCGGCGCGGCCGGCGCCAGGCAGGGCCUUGCCGACGCCGCCGCUGCUGUGUCAGAGAGCGCAGCAACCGGCGGCAGGGGCGCUGCAGGGCAGAAAGCAGCGAUGCAGCAUCCGCUUGCACAGGUGACAGCGGCAGCGGCUGCGGACGCGGGUGCCGCGCCCUUUCCUGCGCCGGCAGCCUUGGCACCGGUGCAGAGAGGCGAGGCCGCAGGCCAGGCCGUGAGGGCGGGUGCAGCCGCUGCUGCAGCUGCAACAGUUGCCAAAGCCACGGCCGCUACGGGCGUCCCAGCUGUGCGGGCGGCUGGCGCUCGAAUGGGUGGCGCCGCCGCCAACACCAGCAUCAAUGGCGGCGCCCACGCUCCGGCCCACCCAAGCGCUGCCGGCAUCACGCCUGCUGCUGGCAUCACCACCACCCAGCCGCAGGCGCGCCGCGCGGUUGGGGCAGCCACUGCUGCAGCCGCCGCAGUGGUUAGCACGGCGCCGGCAGCUGCUGUGUGUGUUGCGGCGCGGGCUGUUGCAGCUCGGGCGGCGGCAGGAGCAGGCGCAGGGGCCAGAACAGGGGCAACAGCGGGUGGGCCUCGGCCUGGUGGCACGAAUGGCGACGCGGUGGAGGGCAGCCCGUUGGAGGCUGGCCGCUGGGCUGGCCGCUGCCCUGGCGGAGGUGUGUCACCUACGGGCAGCCGCGGAGGGCAGGAGGAACAGCAGCAGCAGGAGCGGGAGAAGCAGCAGCAGCAGGAGCAGGAGAUAGAGCUGCAGCAGAGCUUCAUUGACGGUCCUGGGCUGUUGGAUGCCUGUGUGCUGGUUGCCGCGGAGGCGAUACGUACGAUGGUAGCGGAAUCACAGCGCACGCGCGCGGCAGGGCUCCUCGCGCCUUUUGCGGCGCGGUGGCAUCCGCCUUGCCCGCCGCUACCCAACCCGCCGCCGCCGUACCUUGGAGACCAGGUGGCCUCACGCAUGUCUACAUGGGUGCAGGAGCACGUGUGCCGGCGGCCGCUGGCGCUGAUGCUGGGGCCGGCCGCGGAGGCGCUGGGUUUGGACAAGGAGGAGCCGCCACCGGGGCUGACGCCGGAGGAACAGGCCGGCUGGAAGCGCUCCCACGCCCGCGUCUGCGCGGCCUUCCUGCGUGUGGCGCACGCGGCAAUGUGUCCUAUGGCAGCGGAACAACACGGUGCGCCACCCACCGCUGACAGCCCAGCGGGAGGCGACCCGCCCGCGGCGGCUGUGAAAGACUUCCGCGUGCAAACGGCCGCCGUGAGCGGGGCACUCGCGGAAUACCUGGCCGACUGGCUGGUGCCGACCGCGCCGACGCCGCUGCCGCCGACGCCGGCACCGCCGCCAGAGCGGGACGCAGUACAGCAGGCGCCUCCGCCAACGGCAGUCGCCGCAGCGCUGCCGGCCGCGGCGGCCGUGACGCGGACGAGCACACCGUGUCCUGCAUCUGGACCAGCGGCCGGCGCUUGCGGCGCGCCUGUGGCGUUAGGGAGCGGCAGCAGCGGCGGCAACAGCGGCAGUGGCAGCAGCAGCAGCCGCGGCGGGUGCAAUCAGGGGCGCGCAGCGGCGCCUCUGGCUGCGGCAGCUACAGCUCCAGCGCCAGCGGAUGCGUCUGCGGGUUCCACGACUCGGGCCAGGGAAGAGUGCAGGUCGGCUCUGGCAGCGGCGCUACAGCCGCUGCUGCUGCGGCCGGUGUGCGAGGGGCUGCGGGCGGCGCUGGCGCGGGGUGCGGCGGGGCGCAUGCAACGCGGCAGCUGAGUCAGGGACCUGGUAACCUAAGCAGGUUUGUAGGCCCUUAUCAUGUCUCAGCGCGAGCUCCAAUACACCGUCCUGAGCGGUCGUCUGUCCUAGGCGCAAACUCAACAUAUUGCUUCGGCGUGUGGAGACGCGGCGUUGGCGAGAGCCACGGAUGGCCACAUGGGGGUAUGUCGCACCCGUGGAGGCCACUGUAGGCCUGAAGUUUUGUAGACAACAAGGCAGCGCACCGGUGACCUGGGCGUGCAUGUGCCGUGACGGUGGUGUGCGGCUGUAGCUAGUGGUUCACUUCGGUGGGAAGGAGGUGGUUUUCCGUGUGUCUAGGUAGCGGUCCGCGGUAGGGCUGGCAGGGCAUGCGUAGCGGCAUGACAAGUAGUGCGGCUGUUGACAACUGUGCUGCGUCUGGCUACGGUUGGCUCUGCUGUGGCAUCGCGACUGCUAGAUAGGCACCUGGUUUGGCUAUGUGCCUGUGGAAACCGACCCCGGCUAUGUCCGGGCGAUGAGGUUGUUCGGCCCCAGACUGUGGAGGGGCUCAGCCCCUUUCCCGUGACCGGGGAACACUUGUCGUUCCGUACGCAGUCCCGGAAGAGGAGUGUCCCAUGAGCCACAAUCAACGUAUCUGGUAGCUCUGAUGGUGGUUCGUGAUGUGAGGAGUGAGGACUCCCAGGUUUCAUCGGUGACACAGGGCUCAGCAGACGCAUAGGUGCGGCCUGUUGGGAUCGAAUGCCCAGUCCAGAAAGUAAUACAUGUGUUGCUGGAGGUUCCAGGAGUGUCAGGAUUGCGCUGCUCUGUCCCGCUGCCAAGCACAAGCACAGCCAGCAACAAUAAACAGCAGGGAUUCAGUAGUCCUCACCGAACGCUAA